GCAACAAAACUUUCCGUCGUCGAAGAAUCGGGUUUGCAGCGAUGGGAGAGCGGUAGGGAGUUGAAGGAGCACUUGUUGUCAGGAGCAGAUCGGCCGCUGGUGUUCAGGCAGUGUCUAGCAGACGUCUGGCCGGACGUUGUUAGGGAGUGGAGCCCCGCGGGCCUGGGUCGUUUGCUGGGAGACGGGGAAACGACGUUCAAGGUGUGCCCGCGACGAGAUAGCUCCGAGCAUCGCCGGAGGUUCCGCGAUACUGAGACCGUUUUCGAGACACAGUGUCUGCACGUGCGAGGUACGUUCCUGGACUUUGCGGAAUGGCUAGAAUCUAGUUUAGAACAACCUCACGUCAAAAAGCCCAAGACAGAAGGAAAUGCUUCGAAAACUAAUCAAAAAACUCCGCCUAACCGACUUCUAGCUUACCCUCCACCUGAGUACUGGAUAUAUGCAGACUACAAGUAUAUGAUCAAUCUCUGUGAGGACCGCCCAGAACUACUUCGAGCUAUAGACUGGGGUCCAUUUGGCUUCGAGGGAAGGGGCGGAGCCGACUCCACCCUGUGGGCGGGGUCAGACGAGGCAUACACUCCGUGUCACUUUGACACCUACGGCUGUAAUCUGGUGGCUCAGAUUUGGGGACGGAAGAAAUGGACCCUCUUUCCUCCGUCUGACUCCCCCCACCUGUACCCGACGCGGGUCCCCUACGAAGAGUCGAGUGUGUUCAGUCAAGUCAACGUGGCCUGUCCGGAUCUGGAACGGCAUCCAGACUUUGCCUCUGCAACCAGGUGUGAGGUGGUGCUAGAAGCGGGAGAUGUGUUGUUUGUCCCGAGACAGUGGUGGCACUUUGUCGAAUGUAUAGAGACUUCUGUCAGCAUCAACACAUGGAUCUCACUGGAUAGUGAUGCCCGAGAGCGUGUGAAAGAGGCGGUGGUUCGUGCCACUAUAGCUCGAUGGAUCCCCACUGCUGAACACACUGUCUCUAAUACUAGUGACUCAGACUGUGACUCUUCAGAACAACAGUCACCAUACAGUCUAUGGGUCAAUCCUAAUGAGGUAUGUAACGAGGAACCUUGCUGUAAGGGAAGAGAUCUAAAAGUGUAGUAUAAUUUCUCAGAAAUUCAAAAUUAUUUCCUCAGGAGAUAUUCUCACACCAGAAGAACCUGGACCUACUCUCAAUGACACUUGCCGAGUGCCAGCCCCCGCCAACCGAGAAGCCACGCCCCAUAAUCAGUCAUGGCACACCCACUGGAAAACCACACCCCCUCAUUAGUCACCGUGACUGGGUGAAUGUGUUGGCCAGUGACAGAGUUGUGGAGGCUGUGGCCACAACAUUACUGGAGAGACAUGGUCGCCAUUAACCCUCGGUGCGCAUGCGCAGCGAGGGUCACAGUAGUCGUUCUGUGUGUCUGUCUGUCUGUGUGUGUCUGUUACCAC